AUGGGGAAGCAAGGGCCAUGCAACCACUGCGGUGUGGCUGUCACUCCGUUGUGGCGCAAUGGUCCCCCUGAGAAGCCCGUGCUCUGCAACGCGUGUGGCUCGCGGUGGCGCACGCGCGGAACUCUGGUUAACUACAUGCCGCUGCACGCGGGCGGGCUCGGGCUCUCCUCUGCCGCAGCCACCAAGUGGCGCCUCAAAAAUGCCGGAACGCGCCAACACCCGCAUUCGCAGUGCCCAGGCGCAGCCAACGGUAAACGAGCGGACGGCGACGAGGACGGCGGAGCGGAGGCGCAGAAGGGUGCGGAUGCGUGGCUAGCGGAGAAGGGAGCGGGGAGGACGGCGCAAGGGGGUGGCGCGCGAAUGGGGAGAGGGCUACGCGGAAGGGGACCUGGAGUCAAGCGGAAGGGCUGGCAGAGGGCACGUGGAGGGGUGCGGGGUGGGGAGAGGAGCGGGAGCGUUGGCGGGUGUGGGAUGGAGGGGCAGGGUGAUGCGGGAUUGGGUAGAGGGGCGAAUGAAAGAUGGGAUGAUGAGAUAGAAUUAGACAUGGUGUGGGGCGACGAUGAUGAUGACGACGAUGAGAAGGGCAUGGAGAGGAGCGGAGUAGGGGACACUGGCGGAGCAAGGAAAGGUUGGGCACACAGUGGAGCGAGUGGACGAGAGGGAAUCGAGGAUGUGAUGCUAAUGGAGGACGAUGGAAGUGUGGUGGCUUCUGACCGGUUGCAAGGCGUGCCCAUCCCCCCCAAGCGCAGGUCUCUUGGCGGAGGUGGUCAGCAGUCCUCCGCAUCCAUGUAUGGCGCGGGGUCCGGCAGUGGCAUGCGGCCGCGCAGCCAAUCGGAGGCGGACCUCACCACGCUGCGGUUGAGGCACUGUGCGGGUGGCGGAGGGGGGAAAGAGGGCUCGUGGCGAGAGAAAGGCGCGCACGCACGUGGGGAGAAGGGGGUGAAGCGAGAGGGAGAUAUGGACGUGGAUGAGGGAGUGCAAUGGGUCGAGGAAGACGAUUCUGGUCAACGGGACCUUGUGCUCCUCACCAUGCCUUCUCCUCGCUAUCGUUUACUCACUACCCCGUCCGGUGCUGCUGGUGCUGGCGCCGUGGUGGGGAAGGGUACGGUGGAGGGCGCGGUGGGGGAGGGAAGGGGGGAGCGAGUGGGCAUGCAUCGAGUCGCCAGCGAUGGCAGCAUAUGGCGGGAUGGGGGGAGGACGGGUGGAGUGGGAGAUGUGGACAAGGGUGGGAUGACGGGGGCGCGAAAGCAAGGUGGUGGAAUUGGCGUGGGAGGCAGAGGGCACGCGGCAGUUGCGAGUUCGACAGAGGCUUCUGGUAUCAUGUCUGACGAUUUCCUCCUCUGUUCGCCACACUCUCCUCUGUGCUCAGUGAACCUCACUGACAUAGUGAACGCCUCCAGUCUCUACCGCUGCAUGGACCACGCACAAAAGAGUCAGCUCGUUGCCAUGCUGCCUGCUGUCGACACUGCCAAUGGCUCCGCCAGUGUGGAGAGCAUGUUCCGCAGCAAGACGUUUCUGCGAGCAGUCAAGAACUUCCAGAAGCUGCUCGCGCAGGGCAUGCUUGACGCAUCUUCCCUGCCACCAGACACAGCGCACCUCUUCUCCUCCCUCACCUCCACCACGUGCCUUGACCUCUCGGCCUCUGGCUGGUGGCAGCGCUGGGGCAAGGCUUAUGCCUCCUCUGCUUCCGUCUCUCCCGCUCCACCACCUGCACCAACACCAGCCGCGCCAACCCCACCACCACCACCACCGCAACCAUCACCUCCACCACCAACACCACCUGCAGCUGCUUCUGCUGCUGCUACUGCUGCUAUGAUUCCUCCCAGUGUAUCUGCAGCAGCUGCUGCUGCUCCCACUGCUGUUUCUGCUGUUGCUUCUACGCCCGCCACUGCUGUUGCUGUUCCUUCCACCAUUUCGCCUGCACCUGCUACUGCAGCAGUGGAUUCUCGCGCAUCCGCCCCUUCGUCGACUGCAAUCAAUGGACGUGGCAGCACUGCUUCUGGUGCUGCCAGUGAGGCUGGUUCUGGCAGUACAUCUGGUGCUCCCAGUGCUUGUACCGCUGGUGCUGCUGCAGCAGGUGGACACCCAGGAAGCCAAGGCAUGUCGCUGUCUCUCGGGCAUCCUCAGUCUACAUCAACACCAUCAGGUCCUUCUCCUGGCAUGUCAACAGUGCCAUCUUCUUCACCCAGUGCCCGCUCUACUCUAAGCAAAUGCACCACUGCUACUGCUUCCACCACAGGACCUGCUGCAUGCAGCAGUGUGGGCAACGAAGUGACAGCAGCUGAUGCGCCAGCCAGAGGGUUCAGUGCAGUGUCUGGGUCUCAGAAGAAGCCACCACUGGGUGCACAAGCAAUGGCAGCACCGGGCGUGGGAGCUGGACACAAGUCUCAGAGAAUCCCUGCCACGACUGCUACUGCUGCUGUUUCUAUUCCUGCUGUGUCUGCCACUACUGGUGCGUUGGCAGUUCCAGCACGAAUGACUGAUAUGGCAGCAGAAAAGGCAGCAAUUGCGAUUCCAGUGCAGGAGCAGCAGCAGGCAGGAAGAAGGGUUCCACCUGUGGUAGCUGCAGGUGUGGGGGUAGGAACAGGUAAAGUCGCAGAGGCAAACGAUGAGGACGAGGAGGAUGGGGCAUUUGCUGCUGUGUGUGGACAUGUUAAAGUGCCACAACAGCCCAACCGUAACCAAGCUGCCCGUGACCCGUCACAUUUCGCCCUGUCAGCCAACUUCUUCUCGGGUUCCUCCCUACUUUCUGCCUCCCCUCCCACUGGUACUACCACUCCUUCCCCUCCGCCUUUCCACACCUCCAUCCUCCCCUCCCACAACCCUCACCAUUCCUCAUCCGGCUCCUCUGCUUCGUUAGCCCGGAUCAACCCGUCGGCGUCGGUAACACCUGCGGCCGCCCCCCCAUCGUAUCAUGGGGCCAACACAUGGCAGAAGCUAGCAGCUGCUGCAGCAUCAACAAGGCCUGCGGUGUCCACUGCAUCACCUGCUGCAGCCACAUCCGUUAUAGGAAAAGGAGUCGUCGCUGUUGGUAUCACUACCAGGAGGCCACUCGGUGUGCCACCGCCUGGUGCGACAUCAACGGGUGCAUCAACGGGUACAGGUUGGGCAUCAGGAGCAUCAGGCGCAUCAGGAGCGUCAGAUUUAGGAUCUAGAUAUACGCUUGGGGAAGGCGUACUGAAUGGGCGGCUGAUUGUGGCCCGUUCUGUGGAUAUGUACUCGGACCCUCUGAGGGACAACCUCAUAGCCACUAGAGUGAGCAAUGCAGGCAACUAA